GUAUCUCAUGUGACCGACCGUUAAUCUUGCUUGAUCUGGCAUUGCUCUCAUCGUGUACUAACUUGUGAACAUAUAUAAAAACCAAAUUUUCUGAUCAAAGUGAAAAUAGAAAAGUUUUCUUCCAAUCCAUUCACAUUCGAGUAUUCCACUAGUGAUCGUCACGUCUGAAAAUGGCCAAAUAUUCAAGUUUAGGACUCGAAACCGAGCUAACAUUGGCGCUUCCCGGAGGAGGAGGUGGUGGUGACCCUAGUGGUUCAAUGGAAACAAAACAGAAGAAAAGGGUGUUUUUUGAAUUUUCCGGUGAAGAAUCAAAGGUGGUGAGCAAGAAUCAAGUGGUAGGGUGGCCACCGGUAUGUUCUUACCGGCGGAAGAAUAGCUUUAGUGGGGAAGAGAGAACAAAAAUGUACGUGAAAGUUAGCAUGGAUGGUGCCCCUUUUCUACGCAAGAUUGAUUUGAGUGCGCAUGAGGGUUAUUCUGGUCUUAUCAUGGCUCUUGAAAAACUCUUUGGCUGCUACGGCAUUGGUGAAGGAGACAAUAAUGAGUACGUUCCAAUAUACGAGGACAAAGAUGGAGACUGGAUGCUUGUUGGAGAUGUCCCGUGGCAGAUGUUUAGCGGAUCAUGCAAAAGGCUAAGAAUCAUGAAGAGGUUGGAUGCUAAGGGCAUAAAGCUCCAUGCAAAAGACCUUCUCAAGGGCAUUUCAAUAGAGGCAUGACCCUAUAAUUAAUGAUGGAUUAGCAUACUAUGUACUGUUUGUUCAUCACAAAUUUCUAUGCACAAUGGGCAGUUUCUAGUCCAUAAUUUAGGCAAUUUACCUUAAACUUGUAUUAAUUAAUGCUCAGUAAAAUAUAACUGCA